AUGUGGGAGUCUCAAACAGCUCCGAGGUCCUACCUUCAAGCUCAACUCUUCAGUUGGAAUCUUGAUUUGAUUGGUCAACCUUGGAGAGUGAAUGUCUUGCCGGCCACGACUUGCGCAUCUAAGUCUUUCUCAUUUGGAAAUGAUGUAUCGUUAUCGACUGCAGGAUUGAUCAAUUCCUUCACCAUACAAUCUGUUGACGCGUUCUACAAUCAGAAAACAUCUGGAGGUGACUUUUAUACUGUGCGAAUUUAUUCUUGUUGUGGUCCAGAAAUUACUCGAGGAAACGUGAAGGACUCAGGUUCUGGACAAUAUUUCGUCAAUUACACGGCAAUCACUUUGGCUGGGACUCAUUCUAUCUACGUUCAGCUCGUUACAGGUGGAGGACUGAUCGCGACGUAUUAUGACAAUUACAUGAUGCGAAAUCCAAAGAAGAGCAGCGUUGACCCAUACUUAGCUUUGAAUUCUGAAAACGACUUCUUGAAUCCUUCUUUGACAAGUAGUCAAUCGUUCUCUGUGCGCUGGAGUGGGUAUAUUCAGUUGAAGUACGUAUCAGUCUACACUUUCCAGUCGUUGGUUGGUGGAGCCGACGAAAGAGUCAAAGUUUGGAUGGACAACUCAAUCAUUAUUGAUCAAUGGGUGUCCAUUAAUUCCUUGAGUCCCAGUGCAACGGUCCUUUCAAAAUCGGCGAUCACUCCAUUCUUGCCGAUUGAGGUCAAAUAUCGACAAAUUUCUGGCAGUGCCAAAUUUGAAUUCCGAUGGUCAUACUUGCAAAACCCGUUCAGAAUUGUGCCUUCCACUGAUCUAUUCCAAGCGUACACCCUGCUGGGCUUUCCUGCUCCAAUUCGGAGCAAUUCGCAGUUUCCUUGCGCUUCCACCAGUCAAGCGUUUGGGUUGGGUCUGACUUUGUCAAGAGUUUGUUCUGAGACCAGCUUCACAAUUAUCGCUCGGGAUGCCUACGGGAACACAAUCUCUGAUGACCAAGCUGUAUGGCUUGUUCGACUCACUAAUGCACCAAACUUCCAGUAUCAGCAAGAAUCCAGUCGAACCACCUACUCGUCUGUUACCUGGACCAAUUUUGGGUACUAUGAAGUGUCAUAUGUGGGCCAGAGCUCGGGAGAUUGGAUCUUCGUUUCCUUAUUGAACGGCAUUGAGCUUGCUGCGACCUACUACGCUAGUGACAACCUGAAUGAGAGCACAGCAGCAGCUUCACUGCUUGAGCCCAACAUCGACUUCUCCUCCGCAUGUAUUCAAUGUAAUGGAAUACCUUGCCAGUGUAGUCUGCCAAGAAACGUCGAGUUGGAUGGCCUAAAUUAUGUAGGCGACAACCCUUUCUCAGUUCGAUGGACUGGAUUCUUGAAGCCAGAUUAUCCAAGCACAUACGAGGUACAGCUUUCCAUUGGAGAAGUAUCGCAAAUAAAUUAUGAAAACGUGAAUGUCCUCGUAAGUGAUGAAAGAGUGCGACUUUGGAUCAACAACAAACUCCUUGUGGACCAGUGGGAAAGCCUUGAUGCGACAUCGUUUAAUGCUCCAUUAUAUCUUGACACAGUGAACUAUUUCGAUUUUAAGCUGGAGUACCUGAAAAAACCGGACCCUGCGGUUCAGCCAUUCGGAUCUGUAUUCAAGUUACGUUGGCAGAAUUCGGACGUUCCGGUUUUUGAGACUAUACCAGGAAAUAAUUUUUAUCAUGGAUAUCCCAUCCAAUCUGCCCCCUUUCAGUAUUUUGCCAAUCUUCCAGAAGUAGCAUACUCCGUGCCAUGGAAUGGUCCAACAAGUGGUGGAACUCUAUUGACCGUUGUCGGAUCAAAUCUGGGCGAUCAACCCGCACCGGUAUGUCCUGUAUCUGUCUUCAUUGGUUCUACCUUGAUUGACGCUGCUAGCGAAAGAGUAACAUGGUAUUCUUCCUCUCUAAUCCGUGCGCUUUCAAGUCCUGGAGUGGGGUGCUGCAACAACGUCACCGUCAAGCUGUUUGAUCAUGUUUCCAUGCCGACAGUCUUUGCGACAUUCUCAUACGACGCCCCAUCUUUAUACGGAGUGGCUCUAUCCAACCUGCCAAUGCGAGGUUCAAGGAUUACUCUUUUCGGGCAGAACUUUGGUGAAGCAGACUAUACGGCAGCUUCAAGAGCUGGUGGGUCUGCUGCCAUGAUCACUCAAUGGGUUUCAGACACUUCUUUGCCCUCCACGUUCAUAGCUGGUUUCAACAACUUGUACAUGGAUCUUAUCGUGACUUUGCAGUCGCAACUUCAAACUCCAGGCUUGACUGUUUCUCAAUUCUUCACCUAUGACAGUCCAAGCCUCAGAAGAUUGCUGCCGAACAAUGUACCAUCCACGUCGCUGAUCCCAACGAUUCUAUAUGGUGCAAUCUUGUCCCCAACCUUUGAUGCAAGUAUUUCAAGCAGGAUUGGUUCCUCUGCAUCGGAGAAGAGUUCCUGGAUUUCAGUAACUUCGAUGGCUAGUUUACCUGCGCAUGGUGUCGGCAAGAACCUCAUAUCUGGUGUGACCGUAGGGAAGGUUGCAGGAAGCAUUACGUAUGCGUUUUCUUUUUCGAGUCCAUCUUUUGGGUUUAACCAAUCGAUGAAUUUGACAGUAUUGGCGAAUUCAGCUUUCAAUUUCGCGUGUUUGAAUCCAACUGCAUUACUCGUUUCUAUCGGUGAGAACUUUGGGCUGGAAGGUAAGGUUCCAAGAGGCUUAUCGCACAGCCUCUCCACAGCAGUCUCGGUAUCUCGAAAUUAUGGUGGCAGCACAGAGAUUGUUUCCUCUUGGGCUCUUGUGAGCAAGGAACAGCCGGAGGAACUUAUGAUACACUGA